AGUCAAGCUGACAAGAUUGAACCAAUUAAUAUGCGUGGAUGGAUAUGGAUACAAUGAGAAAUGGCGAGCCAAUUUAACUCUAUAAAUAGCUAGCAUUAUAUUUAGACGUGUAUUUUCUAUUUCAUAAGCUUCAACGAAAUGGAAUACUUGGAGAAAAUAAGAGAGGCGCAAAGAGCUCGUGGCCCUGCCACCAUACUAGCCAUUGGCACUGCAACUCCAUCCAACUGUAUUUACCAAGCUGACUUUGCAGAUUACUUCUUUCAAGUGACCAAGAGCGACCACAUGACUCAACUCAAGACCAAGUUGAAGCGUAUCUGUGACAAUUCGAUGAUAAGGAAACGUUAUAUACAUCUAACUGAAGAAUUCCUCCAAGAACAUCCUAACAUACUAACUUAUAAGGAAUCAUCCUUGGAUGCACGCCAAGACAUGUUGGUGGAGGAGGUACCAAAGCUUGGAGAGAAAGCAGCAUCUAAAGCCAUCAAGGAAUGGGGAAGGCCCAAGUCAGAGAUCACUCAUCUCAUAUUUUGCUCCACCUCAGGCGUAGACAUGCCCGGAGCUGAUUAUCAACUUGUCAAACUCUUAGGCCUCAAACCAUCCACAAAAAGAUUCAUGUUAUACAACCUAGGUUGUUACGGUGGAGGCACAGUGCUUCGUUUAGCCAAAGAUCUCGCUGAGAAUAACUCGGGUGCUCGUGUGCUUGUGGUUUGUACUGAAAUCACAGCCGUUGCAUUUCGUGGACCCUCCGAGACACACUUGGACUCGUUAGUGGGACAAGCAAUCUUUGGUGAUGGUGCUUCAGCUGUGAUCGUUGGUUCCAACCCUGACACAUGCAUUGAACGACCAUUGUUUUACCUUGUACUAGCCUGCGAGACAAUCUUGCCAAACUCCGAAGGUGCCAUUGAAGGACACUUGCGUGAGGUGGGGCUCACGUUCCAUCUCAACGAAAACGUUCCCCUGUUGAUUGGAGAGAACAUAGCGAAAAACAUUGAAGAAGCCUUUCGCCCACUUGGAAUCACUGAUUGGAACUCGUUGUUUUGGAUAACUCAUCCGGGUGGCCCUGCGAUCUUGAGGCAAAUUGAAGUAACACUAGGGUUGAAUCCAGAUAAGCUAAGGGCAACAAAACAUGUUUUGAGUGAGUAUGGGAACAUGUCGAGUGCAUCUGUUAUUUUCGUGUUGGAUGAGAUGAGAAAGAGGUCCGCAGAGGAAGGGAAAGCCACUACUGGUGGAGGACUGAAGUGGGGUGUUUUACAUGGAUUUGGCCCUGGCUUGACCAUGGAGACAAUAGUUUUACACAGCGCCACCAUGGACAUAGACAACUAGCUUUAUAUUAUGGUCGUGUGGGAAUAUAAUGUCAAACAUAUAUUAACAAUAUAACAAUUCUUGUUGUAAUGGGUUAUGUUCCCCAUUAAUAAAUAUUUUGCAUAAAUGCAUAAAUACUUGCUU